GUAUAAGUAAAAGUGAUAAUUCGCAUUAUAAUAAAAUAUCAUCAAUUUUUAAAGCAUUUACAAUAAAUUAUACAUACCUAAACUAUUUACAAAAAUGUGCAAGGGAUUUGGUUGUUGUUUAUUAAAAUAUACGUGUAGGCAGAUUUGCUUAUUUACUAUUGGUAUAAGCAAUGGUAUCAGCGUUGGAGCAGUAUUUGCAUUCAGUGCAGUGUUAUUUUUCCAGUUAGAAAAUGAUAAUUCCUUUGUACUGAAUGAAAAACAAUCACACAUGAUAGAACAUAUUCCUUUAGUGUUAAUGAUUCCAGCAGCUCUAUUUAGUGGAACAAUUGUAGAAAAAAUUGGACGAAAAGCAACCCUACUACUUCUUGAUGUAGUCGCAUUCAUCAGCUGGUUACUAGUAUUUUUAGGAGAAAAUUAUGGCAUGAUCAUCGUUGCACGUUGCCUUAUUGGCAUAUACGUUGGAGCUUUCUAUCCCACGUUUAUCACAUUCAUCGGUGAAGUAACAACACCAAAAUACCGCAGUGUACUACUUACUGCCAUACCUUUGGGAAGCACUCAUGGAUUCUUUGCUUGUGCAAUCGCUGGUGAAUUUUUCCAUUGGAAAAUCGUCGCAGCCAUAUUUGCACUUUGUUCACUAUACAACAUUGCCAUAUUACUACACUUUAAGGAAUCGUAUGUAACACAUUUAGAUUGUAAUAAGAUUGAAACAGCGCGUGAAGCAUUCGCAUGGUUCAGAGGAUAUGACGAUGCUGCGAAAGAAGAAUUUAAUGAACUACUGGCACAUAAAUAUGCAGAUCCGACAACAUCGUUCACUCAGGUGAUACGAAUGUACACAAGCAAAGCCUUUCUACUACCUCUCAGCAUUUCUAUAUUAGUAUUUUUUACGGUUCAAUGCACUCGUAUUCUGGCCAUGCAAUUAUAUACUUUAAGAAUUAUUACGACAUUCAAUAAUAGUGAAGUUUUUGUGUGUUAUGUUGUUAUAGGUAUAAACAGUUUGAGUACCAUUGGUAUGAUUGUGAGUAUGAUCUUGAUCAAAAUAUUUUCUGUGAGAGUUAUGUUAAUAUUCAGUGGGUAUAUUGUAGGAAUACUGUUACUUGCACUAGGAGGUGUUAUGUAUCUCAGUUUACACUUCAUUGAUCCUAUUUAUCAAAUUAUUUCAAUUAUUUUAUUAGUUGUAAUUACACUGUUACAUUGGAUUGGUUUAUACCCUUUGUCUGCAGUUGUCUGUGGUGAGAUGUUUCCACAGACUACCAGAACAGCAGGCAUAUCAAUAAGCGCAUUUACAUCAUUUUUAUUUUCAUUUGUGUAUCUGGAAGUUGUGCCACUUUUAUUUGCGAGUAUAGGUCCAUAUUGGACUUUAGUCUUAUUUGGGCAUUGUGCAAUAAUAGGUACUGUUGUGACACAUAAACUUCUAUCAGAGACCAAAAAUAAAACACUGCUUGACAUUAAUAACAUGAUUAGCAUGAAUCAAUAAAUUAAUAUCUCUAUAUUUGAUGCUAAUGUCAUAAACAAUAAGAUUUAAUAUGUAGUAUAAAAUAUUAUAAUCACAGAUAAAAUAUGUUAAAUAAGUUUAAAAUUAAAUGUUUUCUAUUUUAAA